AUGAACAAAUUGAUUGCUGAGUUAAAAACACAAACGCAGCAGCCGUCAACCCUUCCCCUUGCUCUCACGAAAAGCUCUGCUAGAGUUUGCCCUAAGGUCCCCUUCCUUCGAGCUCGAACUCUGUCCCUGUUCACUUCAGCUGCUAACCGCCCUAGGGACAGUCCUACCUUCGUUGUGCGGGUCGGAGCGUUUGCUAGCUUAAAUCCCAGAUGGGCGAGGUUCUCAUGGGCAACAAGGGAAUGGCGACUCCGCUACUUAGCCAUCUGGGCUGAAGCUUACACUUCUCCUCUUCAUGUCUUCUUUAGGGCUAUGGCCCUUGUAUUCGUAGUUUUUAGAUUAUAAACUCUUAGUUAAACUGUUAUCCCGCUUUUGUUGGCAUCGUGGUGUGCCUAGUUUUGUAGGGGUGAUGUUGGGAACCCCAGGACUGCG